AUGAGCAGCCUGGUGAGCCAGCUGACGGCCAAGACCCCCGCCACGGGGAAACGCUCGUCGAGGCGUAAGCUCGGCGGGACCGUCUCCAUCGUCGGCACGGACGUCAACGAGGAGGUCGUAUCUCGCGCGCUUCCCGCGAUCACCCCGGGAACCAAGGCUAAGCCUCUGCGCAAGCCCCUCGGCGAGCGCACCAACGGCGCCACGACCGCGAAGAAGACCCGCGGUCUCGAUGAUGACGCGGUGACCGGCCUGACCAACGCGCUCAAGACCGCGGCGAAAGCGGCCAAGAAGAAAGACGGAGAUAUCGCGUCCAAGGAGAACGGUGCGGAUUACUCCGAAUUUGCAGACCUCCCGACGGACCCUCUCGAGCGCGGCCUGGCGCUCGUGCGCAAGGGCGUCGAGGCGAUGCGCACGGGCGGUGUGGACCCGAAAGAGGCGCUGCUCAAGUUCGCCAAGAAGCCAAAGUCCGGGCCCAACGUCAGGGAGGCCGCGGCGACCGUGGUUAACAGGCUCCUCGAGACCCUCGAGGCUGCGGCGGACGAUAAAUCGGACACGUCGCGCGAGCUCGAUUACAGCGGCGGCUCCGACGAUGAGAACAACGAAUCCGAGGUUGUCGAGGCUGUCGGCGACGACGACGAGGAGGUGGAGGAGGAUGACUCCGAAGACGUCUUCGCGACCGCCACCAACUCCCCGGUAAAAUCCAUCAGCGGUGCAAGCGACAGCGCGGGCGUCGCCGCCGAUGACCUCUCCGCCGCUCUGCAGGGCAUGACGGUGACGGUGGAGGAGGGCGUGAUGGGCUGCGGCGACGAGAGCUGCGGCUCGGGCCCGGACGGCGCGUGCGACCCGCUGGAGUGCAUGAGGCGCGCGGGGGGGCCUUUCAAGAUGCCCGCGAAGCUCGUCAAGCAGCCAUCGACCGUGUCCACCGCUCGUUCGUCGCCCCCGGAGGAAAAGGAUGCUCCCGUCGUGGGCGAGAAGGAGGAGGACGAGGAUGACGAGGACGAGGAAGAGGAUGCGAACGAGUCCACCGCGGAGGAGUCUGUCCUCGCGACCGACGACGACGACGAGGACGACGCCGAUGAGGAGGACGACGAUGAGUCCGUGGCCGAUACCGCAUCCGUCGCAGGCACCGACAGCCAGGAGGAGAGCUCCAUGGCCGACCUCGCCGCCGUGGAGGCUGCAGCAGAGGCUGACGCCGCGGAGGGCUCGCCGAUGAUGUCGCCCGGUCCCGAAGUCGUCGACGUCUCCGACCUCCCCGACGGUACCCCGCUAGCGGAACCCGUCCCGGACGCGCCCAUCGUCAUCGACGCCGACGAUACCGACGAGGAGUGCGACGACGACGACGAGGUGACCAGCAAGGCGACGCCGCCGGCGAUGAACGCGACGGUUCGCGAGAAGCUGGACAGCUCCGCCGAGGACGACGCCGCGGACGAGACCGGAUACCAGGAGGACGACGACGAGAUGCCCGUGAGCGCCCGUCGCACCCCCGGUCGCAGAUCCCGGGCCGUCGUGGACAGCAGCGACGAGGACGAGGCUGACGACGAGAAGGCAUCGUCGCGGGAGGGGGAAGAAGGGGAGGGAUCGGGCGAGUCCCCGUCGAUUGGAACGCCCCCCGCGGCGAAUACCCCACCCGCGCAGCCGGUUUUCAACGCGCCGCCCCCAACCACCGGCAGGAGAUCCAUCCUGCGGAGGAUCGCCUCAAACAUGAAGAUGCGGGCGCAGCGCGAGGCGCGCGAGGCGGCGAUGCGCGCCCCGAACUUUGACGACGACGCGGCGUCCUCGGAGCUGUCCGCCGCCGCGAACGCCCCGGCGCCGGCGCUCGCCGCGACGCAGCCGAAGGCGUUUCCCAAAUCCGCACUCAAGAAGUCGUCCAAGUACGCCGCCGCGCCAGCGCCGGAGCCCGAGGUUUCUGAGGAGGCCUCCACCGCCGCGGACGCCGUCACCCCCGCGAGGCGCAGGCCCCAACGCAGGGCUGUGAUCGAGUCGGCGAGGAAAAAAGCACUCGCGUGGAUCGACGACGAGGCUUCCGACGAUGGGGACGACGACGACGAUGAGGACGAGGACGAGGCGUGCUCCGCCGACGAUGACUUCGUCUGCGACGACGACGACGUCGAGUACGACUCCGACGCAUCGUCCAACGCCAUCGCGGAGGACAUGCACGCGCGCAGCGGCGGCGUGAUGCCCAACGUGACCCCGUCCCCGGAGGUUCCCAAGACUGUCUCUCGCGCGCCCAAGAGCAUCCUCAAGGGUCGCACCCCGGGGAAGACCCCCGGCAAGGGCAGUCGCCUGACGUUCGGCGACGACGACGUCAAGCACAUGACCGACUCAGAGGGUGAGGGCAGCUCGCCGGAACCCGACGAGAACGAUCCGAGGCUGCCCCGCACGAUGGUGGCCAAGGGAACCGCUCAGGACCCCUACGGACUCGACGACCUCAAGACCCCGACGCCCCCGCGGCCCCUCGCGGAGGUGCUCAACGAGGCGAGAACCCCGAGCUGGGCCAAGACGCCCAACACCGCCGGCAGGAAGACCGUCGGAUUCGGCGCGUCCUUCGGGAACGAGCCGCCGCCGACGCACAGCAAGGCUCUCGCCGCGGCGCUCGCGUCGGCGGCCAAGCCGGGAAAGACCCUCAACUACGGCAAGCACAAGGAGACAAUCGCGAGGGCGCUGUACAACGAGUUCAACGCGGACGCCUUCGACGGGAAGCUGCCCGCCAAGCUGGACAUCUCCUGGAACGCCAAGCUGCUCACCACCGCGGGAUUGACCCACUACAAGAAGGUGACGAGGAGCACUGGCCUGAGCGAGUACAGCGCCAGGAUCGAGCUGUCCACCAAGGUGCUCGACUGCGCGGAGAAGCUUGAGGCUACUCUGCUGCACGAGAUGUGUCACGCCGCGGCUUGGCUCCUCGACCACCAGGCCAAGCCCCCGCACGGCGCAACGUUCAAGAAAUGGGCGAAGCAGGCGAUGCGAACCUACCCCGACGUCUCCGUCGAUACCUGCCACUCGUACGAGAUCUUCCAGCCGUACAGGUACAGGUGCACGCAACAGUGGUGCAACACCGAGUACGGCCGGCACUCCAAGUCCAUCGACGUCGAGGCCAAGGCUUGCGGUGUAUGCAACGGUCGGCUGGAGUAUCUCGGCAAGUUCAACCCCGACGGCAGCAAGGCAGAGGAGAAGCCCCCGACUGCGUUCAGCCUCUUUGUCAAGGAGCACUUCGCGGCGACGAAAGAGAGGAUGCCCGCGGGGACGCCGCAUAAGAACAUCAUGAAGGAGCUCAGCGGUUUGUGGAAGAGCGGCGGCGGGACCACCGGGAAGAAGACCCGGGGCGGGGACGACGAGGCGCUGUCGCCGGAUGCGCUGGGCGAGAGCAUGCGCACGCUCAAGCUGUGA